GUCGUAAUUUUGUUUUCAAUCUUCCUUCAAGCUCCUCGCUACGGUGUCUUUCUUCUUCUUUUUCAAUUCCCACAAUCCCACAAUGGCGUUAGCUAGGCAGACAUUUCCGGUACCGUGCAGGUGGGCGACUCAACCAACCUAACACAACCCCAACGUAGCAUCAUAGCAACACAUACCGACCGAAUCGCUGGAUACUACCAUACAGGCGGUAGAUCUCGGUUAGACAGGCCGUGUCAAACAAAUUGCCGCUCGGUAGCUGCUCAUGAACUUAUCGACUUCAUGGGUAUACCGAAGGUUGUUGGAUCCAAAACAUUGCCGCUGCAAGUACAAUAUCCCUUUAUUACUUUGCUUUCUCCUUUCUCCUUUCUCAUUCAAGCACUUUACAAUUUUUCAUCUUCCUUUUCUUAUUUAGUCUUUCACGGUGGUACAAAUCCCAUCUUGUGGAGCAUUUCCUCAAUCUCGGUCUCUUCUCAAGGCAACAGCUUUUGUCCCUUGUUGGCGUUGCCAAGGUCCACAGUUCAGGAUACUUGCACAAAUAGGGGAAAAGAGAAAGAGACAUCUUUUCACGUGUUGCUUACUACAUUCGGAAAGCGGGAAAUUCAAUUCAUUUGUUUGACUAUGAUUUUUCUAUCGUUUUUCUUGUAUUAUCGCCAUUCGAUUUUAGAUGCCAAGCUUUUGAAGUCUGGAUCCGGCUAUUUAGAUGUUAUGUGAUCCACGUUGUUCUGGAUAACCUCGCCAAUCGGUUGCUUAUCCCGGCCAGAAAAAACGAUCGGAUGAAAAGCUCUGGAUUGUUCCAUAACUCUAGAAGAAAUGUUGGCGCUCGGUAGUGGUGCUCCGACCACGAUGCAACACUAUAGCUGGCUCAAUGCAUUGGAUUCGGAGGAUGGGCGGCACAGGUCCAUCCGCUCAGACGCGGUGAGUGAAAAAAAAAGCACAAACUUGAAUCAAUAAAUGCAGAGCUGCUCCCUCAAUUCCUCCAUUUACAUUGGUGAUAAUUGUGGACGAAUCGGUGAAGUUCCCUCACGAAGCAUGUUGUGAAUGUCAGAUCUAAUAUAAGCCUCUCUCUCGACCACCAGUGCUUUUCAUAUCGGCUCCCUCUCCAACAAGGCUGGGUUUGUGGAGGCCCCUUAUUGGCGACAAUGAUCUUUUGUUAUUCACUAUUUCGAAUUUUCUUGGCAUAUAUAUAGUGUUUGAAACGCUGGCGACAACCACUUCAAGAAACACCUCACGACCGCACUGACUCCAUCUCACAAUGAACAUCUUUACACUGCUCUACAUGGUCUGCGUAGCAAGCGCAUUGCCGUCAUGGCCAAGAGAUGACCAAGCAUCGACAUCGGACGCUGUUUGGUUCCUUCCAAAUGCCCCCAUAACCAGAGUACUUAGAUAGCCCACCUUCACUUCUGCCAGUUCAACCAGCCAAUAUACUAACACUUCUAUAGUACCAGGUAACUGUCAUUGUCCCGGCAGUAUCACCCGGCGGGGGCUACCAUGCAGUCUGGCCCGGUCUCCAAAAUGAAGCUGGUACCUUCGUAUUCCAAAGUGUCAUAGCCGAUUCAAAAUCCCCAGGUUCUUGGAAGUUCUGGGUAGAAUACUGCUGCAAGUAAGCUUUUCAUUCCCACAUCUUGAGGUGUAUAGCAUCUAACAGUACAUUAGUCCAGAUUACAAGGCCACGCCCAUCAACGGUACACAAUCUAUUCCCUGGCCAUAUGAUCGCCUACAAAACUAACGUCUAACCAGUCUACCCCGGAGAUUCCAUCACCUCUACAUUCACACAAGAUGGCAAUGGCAUAUGGACAGAUUCUUGGUCAUAUGACCCCGGCCCAAAUGGUGCUGCGGCUGGAUCACCACCUCAAUCUGGAUCUACAACUGAGAAUUUCGGUGAGAUUUCCUUACUCUGUCACUUUCCAUUUCUCGACUUUUGACCACCACACUUUCCAAGAAGCAAUUAAUGCUAACUCACCAAAGCCGACCGAGGACAACUCAUUCGCGGUCUCCUUGCUCUAGAAUUCCAAAGAGGCGGUAAUUGGGAUUACGGACAAGUCUCAUGGAGUAACAUUGCUAUCACAGCUUCGACCACCAACGGUUGGUGUGCUAACGGGUACGCAAUCAGCUCUCUGCUUCAUACAGACUCUUACUACCUCGAUCCGUUCCCGUCCCCCUAUACAACUUGGCAUUUACAACUCAUCUACUGACAUACCUGAAUAGAUACUUGGUCUCACCAGCCUUCAACAUCGGCAUCUCCCCUGGCGCCCAGUCAAGCGACGGUGGAUCAACGACAUGCUCAUGGUCCAAUGUAGACUUUCGCGGUCCGUGAUUUGGGAAAAAUACCAAAUGCAUCAUGGUGACAUGUUAAACCUGGGAUGAAGGGAUCACUGGGGGAUAUGAUGGAUAUGAUGGCUUUGCACGCAUGGACCAAAAUGAAUAAGAGCUGAGGCCUCACCAAUAAUUUGAGAACUGGUUUCUUACCCGACCGAAUGGGUGUCAUGGAUUGGUGGAUGGAUUGAAAAUGGAUAGAUGAAUACCCCCUUUGCGCUAGUUGGUAUGGGUGGCGUUGGCGUUCAGGCUGCAAUUACCGGUAGCUUGGGUAAUCUCGAUUCAGAAUUUGAGUAUCAAGCCAAUCAGUCAAC